CACGUGCAAGGUACAAAUUUGAAAAUGUGAAGUUUAUCUUACGAAAAAAUGCAUUCUUCUUGCUCGAGAACAUCUGCAGAGGACGSCGAUUGCAGCUCAAGAAGUAAUAUWAACUCAAAAGAAACUCUAGAUCCUGACUAUGCGCCUGCUUUUGCWGAAAAGAAUACKUCUAAAGCGACGCUAAAUGUACAACAACAAGAAUCCAAAGAACUUACGGUGAAGAAAAUUAAGAACAUCGUACGAAAUCAAUUUGCUUUGGAGAUGAAGUUAAAAGAACAAGAAAUUGAGACGAUAGAUAAUAAUAUACGUCAAACUAAACUCGCUUUGGAUAGGAUUCGAGCUUGUGUAUUGGCGAGGUACUAUGGCAUGUCAGAGGUUUCGAAUAGUCCUGCAAACUUGGCCUGGCCGAAACCCAGACGAAGCAGACGAGAAGCGGCUUAUAAACGCUUGGAUAGGAAACCAAGUCGAAAUUCCUUGUCUACAACUAGUGAAAGCGCUAUGAGUGCAUUGAAAAAGCCUAGUGAUACUGGCAAAGUGGAUAACAAAAAAUCUUAURUUAAUGCUCUGAAUUGUAGCACAAGUGUUACUUCAGAAAUACAAACUCCAACCUUGUUGGCUGAGUAYAAUAUGGCAGAUGAAAAUGRAAAGAGCUCAAAACCWAACUGCUUUAAAAGCAAUAACCUACUACCUGGAAAUCUCAWUGARACAMGGAGYGUCAAUAUGAAAACUGAAACUMUGUCAWCUUCKCRUAAAUCAAUGGAGGCAGACCAYAUAGRGAAKCCRUCUACUGUCCACAGUUCUACCUCUGUCAAUAUUCUCCCAGGAUGUAGUAAAGACUACUGUUUAGAGCAMAGUGAUUCUUCAAAAACUGGAUGCAAGUCUUCUGGUCCAAUUAUGCAUUUGAAUUCACUAGYAACUUUGGCAGCUGAGAAAGUCAAAGGUGACGCACAUAAACAGUCAUCUUUGUCAAAUACAAAAAAUGAAGAUCACACAACACAAAURAAUAGAUUAGGAUCCAAGCUAGACUCAAAUAAUCMUCCAAAAACUCAAUCAUGUGGUUCAGGCUCUAGAUUUUAUGUCAAAAAGCGAGUKAUAAUUGGYAAUACWUCAAAAUACAUCCCCCCAGACAGACGYGAAGAAAAGGACAARUCAACYCAUAAGUGGAUGGUUUAUGUUAGAGGYCCACCUGGUGACCCUAAUAUUGACACCUAUAUUAAGAAGGUGUGGUUCUUUCUGCAUCCAAGCUACCGCCCUAAUGAUAUUGUUGAGAUCAACAAGCCCCCCUUCCACUUAACYCGGAGGGGGUGGGGUGAGUUUCCCAUCCGGGUCCAGUUACAUUUUGUUGGAUCAUGGAAUAAAAGAGUUGAUAUCAUUCAUGAGCUCAAGCUUGAUAAAACUUAUACUGGUUUACAGACCUUGGGUGCUGAGACUGUUGUUGAUUUGGAGAUUGAYAGAAAGACCUUUGAAGAUCUUGGGAUCCCUGUGCCUUUGGAUAGUCAGAUCAUCCAAGAUGACCCUUUGAUUGACAGUGCUGUUUCUGCCAGUGYUACUAAUGAAGAGAAAUCAAAGAGAGAGUUCCCAUUGGAGAACCUAGAAGAGAAGGCAAAGCAUUCAGAUAUUCUCAUCGAUACUCAGGUGAAGAAAAUAAAACUGGACACAUUGUCAACGUUGUCAAGCCCGAAUGUCAGCAGAACUGGAUCAAGAUGCAAUAGUCCUGUGCAUUUUUCAAAAGGUUCUUUGUCUGAUGGUGCGUUACAGGAACAACUUCACUUCUUUGCUGAUCGUAUUCCACUUAUAAGCUCUCAAAAGGAUGUUUAUCAUGCCUUCUGCGCAACAUCAGUCGACCAGUUUUUUAGUUGGAAUGUUGGUAAGAGAAGAGCUUCUGAAUGGCAACGUGCGYUAAAAAUUCGCAAUAAAAUACGAAGUGCACUCAAUUCAUCUAAAAUCACCACAAAGGAAGUGAUGAUCUGGUGUCGUCGACAUGGCUACACUCCUCAAAGUAACCUCGUCACAGAACAAAACGUUUCUUACUGUAAAGUUUGUGGAAGACUUCUUGACAAUGAGAAGCUCACAACUCCUUYUAAGUCAAACUUAUGCCAUUGUUUAGCUUCAAYGACGAAUUCAUCCACAUUGAGUUCCGCUUUGGAUAUUUUAAAACAAGUUGAAGCCAAAGGCGCGCAAUUUGAAAACAGAGAUCCAGACAUUGAAGAUGUUGAAGUCGAUGUUGUUAAUCUUCCAAACUCUCGCCCGGCGAAAUGCACGUCUUCAAACCAAAAGCACAUMCUAACGACUCAAAUGACUCCAGAGGAACAUUGGGUAAGAGAUGUGUGCAAUGAAAUCGGUGUUGGUCUUCGACCAGAGGUCAUUGAGGGAGUAGAAGUAAACAGCGUGGAAAGCGCAUUGUUUUCAGCUACGAAACAGUUUAUGAAGCAGCUUAUGCAUWCUGCUKUWGCGUUAAGCAAUGACUSYAAGUCAUCAYUAGAUGUUAAACUACUUGUUCCUAGACAUAUCAGCGAGGCUAUUGGCCGUUUACCUCAUUUUGACUUUCUCAGUAAUGCGUACUUUGGUAUGGACAGCAACAAUCUGAAUGACACAGAAAAUUAAACUCGYGGGGGUUGRGGGGCAUAUAUUCAAUAUACAAUUCAUAUUUAUAAUGRCACAAUGCAGCAAUUAAAUUAUUUUAUACUCAAUUUUAUCUCUUGUAUUUCUCUCUUGUUUUCACUAGAAAGUGCAAAA